UAACCUACUCGCCAUGUUCCUGAACAACAUAACGCGACGCAGGCUAGCGUCGCUGCUGCGGCCAUGGCUACUCUCAGAGCCGGACCUGGAGCUGAAAUUGGGGCUUAUCAAUUCGGAGGCGAUCGCGACGAACCUCCGCUUCGAUACUUCGAUUCUCAACGGGCUCGUCGACGAUCAAGGCGGAUUGUGCUUCAGCGAUGUCACUAUCGAGCGAUUGAUCAUGAGAUUCUCAAACUGGUCCGUCCCUGCAAUUUCAUUCGAAGUUCAUGGCUUCCACGUUACACUGUCAGUCAGGAAUUCGAAGGAGGAAAGUAGUUUGAGGCAGACACGGAAAGGAAGAGAAGCAUUUGCUGAAGGCGUAAAAAAAAAGCUUUCUCAGAUUGAUCCUGAGGGUAGUCUUUUGCAUAGUGCUCUUGAGAGGAUCUCGGCCACUACUCCUUCAAGAAAUAAAUUUAAGACAGCUUUUCUGAAUCUUAUACUCAAGCACUGUCAGCUGCAGAUACAUAAUCUAAAUGUGCAAGUGAAGUUGCCAAUGUUGAAUGAUUCAUGUGCAUGUAUAUUGCAUCUAAAGGAGCUUAAUGCAGAAGCAAAGUAUUUGAAUUUUGGAUGUCUUUUAAGAGGCCUUGUCAGUGCAGUUUUCCUACCUGUAAAAGAGAGCUCUUAUAUCAUCAGUGGCGUCGGGUUUGAGAUUGGAUUUAAAAUGGUAGAGCAGGUCAAGCCCGUCUUACUAUCGACAAAUUUGUACACUUGCAUCAAACUGAAUGAUUUUCAGCUCAUACACUUCGAUCUUCGGGUUCCAGAAUUAAGUAUUUCUUUCUCUCCAGCUGAUCUUUUGAUGUAUUUAGCAUUUGGUGAAAUAUCACCCAAAGAAUCUCAGUGUGCUAGAAAUGGUCGACAACUAUGGAGGCUAGCCGCCAGCGGAGUUGGCCAAGUGAUAUCAGCUCCUAGAUUGAAGUUCCAUAAUUUAGUUGUUAUUGUUGGGUUAUGGCUGCGUUAUGCCAAUGCAUAUGAAUAUAUCCUGCAACUAGUUGGGUAUUCGGCUGAUGAUCUCUUAAAAAGAUCCACUACUAAGAUGGUUCAGAACAAUAUGUUUCUGAGCUCGGUCAAAAAGCAGUGGAAGGUGAUCUCUGAUAUUGAGAAAGAGCUUCCUGUUGAGUCUAUUGCACAGGCACGACGAAUAGCACGUUAUAGAGCAGCACUAAAUGUACAAUCUGUUUUUUCCAAAGAAUCGUACGUUAAUACUCACGUCAAGUUCUUUUGGAAGAUCUUUCCUCCACUUGGUGUUAUCUGGAAACUCAUCCUCAAUUUAUUCCAUUUUAUUGUGCGCUUGUUAUUUUUUUGGAGGAAAGCCAAAGCGCCGACCGGGGAGUACCUAGAAGUUGUAUCUGAUGAUCCCUUUCAGCACUUUGGCUUCAGUUUGAAUGCUGGAAGAAUUCUAGUAAAUAUUUCACAUAUGGAUGAAAUUCAACUUUCUGAAAUCGAAAAACUAGAAUCAUCUAUUGGAAUCCCCUUCUCAGAUUUCAUUUCAUUUUCUCUAUCGAUCAAUGCAUUGUUAUUAAAUUACAGGGAAGACAUAUGUGAACAGUCUUUGGUUGUAUCCUGUGGACAAUUUAAGGUUAAAUCCUCAUCUCUCAUGGAGACUCCUCUAAGGCAAGACGAUUCAAAAAUUUUUCCUAGUCAUGCAAAAGGACAGUGGGAGGAGAGUAAUAAUCACUUGGAAUCUAUUUUAUGGUUUGAGCCCGCACAAACAUUUCCCCUUUCAGAAACUAGUAAAAAAAGUAUUGCUGACAAUGCUCAAGGUGAUUGUGACUCAUUCCUGGAAAAUUGUCUUGGAGAAAUGUGGUCGAAUUGGGCAAAAGGUUGUGUGCAAUUUGAAAAAAGUGACAUCCAAUAUUCUGAAAACCCAUUUCUUCUCUUGGAAAUGACAAGCUUGUUGACGUAUCCAGGUCUCAAGAACUCAUAUUCUGGGUUUUGGAAAUGCUUUUUCACUCUAGGAAAGUUACAUUUGGGUCUGGGAUGUUCAUCAAUUAUAUCAAUCUCUCUGCUUAUUAGGCAGUUACAAAAUGUUCUUUGCAGAACUAGGGACAUUGAGAGAUCAAAGGUUCUUUCUCAUUGUCCAGGAACCGCUGAAAAUCCACCAGAAACCAGUUGGGAUAGUAGAUACAAGUGUUAUGCUAACAGUUUGAGGCUAACAUUGCUUAAGAUGCUUCCAGAAAAACACAUUCAGUUCGGAGUAUUCAUUACUGGUCCUUGCAUCAGAUUGUCCUUGGAAAAGGAAUGUAGUGGAGGUAGUAAGGACAAAAGUCGUAUGACUAGUCAUGGUUGUUUUCCCCUUGCAUUUGACAUCCACGACAUUGAAGUUGCAAUUUGGCCAACUUCAACAUCUGAUUACGCAUCAUAUGUGGAGCACCACAGUAGUGACGACGCUGAACCAGAAUGCAUUAGAUUGGAGCAGCCUCAGAUUAUUGAUAUUCCUAAAUCAGAUAAUGCAAAUUAUAUAUCUGAGAGGUGGAUUUUACUUGGCACUUACUUACAACUCAAUGGUUUUACUGCUUACUUGGGGGACCCAACAGAGAAACAGAGAAGUCAACUAUUAGUUUUGCAGCCAAUGACCGUCCAGCUUUCAUCCACGAGGGAAUAUUUUGACUCAUUUAGCACAAAUGUUAUUGCUUGCUCAGCAGCUUUGUGCAUUACUGCUACUGGAUUGACUGUGUUAUCAUAUAUGGAUGAGUUUUACGUUUUCUCUCAGGUACUUGUAAAAUUAUAUUCUGCAGUAUCAUAUUUGUUCAGCAGCUCUGAUUUCAUGAGUUGUGGAGCUUCAGAAAUUAGAGGGCAGAGAUUUGCAAUUAUUGAAUCAGAGAAUGAGGAAGCAAUUGGGAAAGAAGCGUCCUCAAUUUGUAGCAGCACUAUAUUUUUGAUGAGUGGGAUCCUUAAGAUUAAGACAGUGGAUGUAUGUCUUCAAAAGACCAGGAUAAACAAUGACACAGAGAGUUCUAUAAAAAAAAUUGAUGCUUCGAGUAGAAAAACUUUGGCUGAGCUUGAUUUGCCUGAUUGCGGAAUUUUGAUAUCUAUUCAGCAAACAAAUGUUGAUAUAUCUUGUAAAGAAGAGAGAUUGGAAAUUGUAACUGAUUUUGCGGAAAUUCACUCUGUUGUAUUUGGAUAUCAGAAUCAGAAAGGAAAAAGUACUGAUCACUCUGUACUUAGAGAUCUACUGCUGCAAUCUCAUAAUUGUUUAUAUGAAAUAUCUUUUUCAAAUUGCAUGCUUGCUUUGUCAUUGUUUCUCUCUCAGAAUUCCUCAUCUUCUAGGAGUAUGCACCACAAAUUUGACGGUCUUACUUCUGUGAGUAAUACCUCAUACCUGAGUAGUUUCUCAUCCAUCAGUGGUUCAGAAAAGUUGAGCAGUCAAAGUUUUGAUCGUGUGCAGAAGUUAAGAUCUGCUUCAAAUGCUCCAGCAGCAGACCCAAGUGAUUGGCUAUUUGCAAAUAUUGCAUUGGGUAUGGUUUAUGUGGGAAGUUGCUCACUAAAAAAUGCUUUGCUUGGAGCGCAUGACUUGAAUAUGCUUCUGUCAUCACUUUCUGUUGGGGGUGAAUUUGAGAAAAUCACGUGGGGGAUUCAGGGUGGUCUUCUAUUCCUGGACACAAAAGCUUUGGAAACGUUCAUCUCUUGUUUUACUUCAUAUCUUCAUUCUAUCACAAAUAUUUUAUCUGGUAUCCAACCAUUUCAUAAGGUCAUUGGAAAAGUCGAACAUAACAUGGAUACAACUAGAUUGGAUGAUCAUUACACUGAGGAUUAUAUCCAAGAGACUAUUCAUAUACCUUCACAGGCCAAAGGUCAACAUGUGCAAGAACUAUCAAUAAAUGUUUCUCAAUUAUCCACUGUUCUUGUGACUCAAGAUGAAAAAGGUGGUAUCCAGGAACUUGUGCUCGAAAUUGAUGUCCACCUAAACCUUGAGUCGGGAAACAUGACAAAAAAAUUUGUGUUUGACCUUAAACGCUUGUCAAUUCUUUCUCAAGUCCUUCAACAAAGCAGUGGAAAGGAAGUCCAAAUUCCUCAUUUUUAUUCUGUCACAUUAAACAAUAUUUCAAGUCGCUUUGAAUCUGGAGAUAGUACUUCAGAACUUCAGCAUAGGGAUAUGGUCCAUCCACUUAAUGAUCCAAGUUGCUCACGGGAUUAUGAGUCAGAAGAAGAGCUUUGUACUAAGAAUCAUUUACCUGAGGGCUUCAAUAUAAGUUAUCAGAAACAUAUCUUGAAACAUUUAGGUGCUUUCUUAUUGGUUCAAAAGCAUGUGAAUGAUCUGGCUUGGGUUGGCAGUGGCUCUAUAUCAGGUUCUGAUGUCAUCAUCUCUGUGUCUGCAAUGGAGAUGAUUUUAUUUAUUACUUCAUCCUUCUCUGGAGUACUAAGCAAGACGACUGCCAGUGACUUUAAUAAAAAGCAGAGGCCCAGUAGCCAGGAGGAAUUUGACAAUAGUGUGCAAGAAAUGGUUCCUAACGGUAUGUUUCUUUUCUAG